UGAAGUUUUCAUUGAAGUUACACAUGUUCUUGGCCUAAAUCUUCUCCCCCUUCGCACCUUAUCUCCCCACAACAAUCGACUCGCAAGAACAAUUUCUACGUCUCUCAUCUCUCACACAUAGAUAACAAUGGCGUCCUUGGCGCAGCAGAUUGGUGGAUUGAGGUGUCCAUCUCUCUCGAAUACACGUCUAUCAAGAAAACCCUCGUCCAGCAACACUCAACCGGUGAAGAGAAUCUUUACAACCAAAGCUGCUGUUGCUGUAUCAAACGCACAGACGAGAGAGAGAAUGAAACUCAAAGAGAUGUUCGAAGAGGCUUACGAGCGGUGUCGCACGUCGCCAUACGAAGGUGUCGCCUUCACCGUUGAUGAUUUUCACUCCGCCAUCGAGAAAUAUGAUUACAAUUCUGAAAUCGGCACCAAGGUGAAAGGAACUGUUUUCAAUGUAGAUGCCAAUGGCGCACUUGUGGACGUGACAGCAAAAUCAUCAGCAUUCUUACCGAUUAGGGAAGCGUGCAUUCAUGGAAUCAAGCAUGUAGAAGAAGCAGGCAUAGUCCCUGGCUUGCGUGAGGAAUUUGUUAUCAUUGGUGAAAAUGAACACGACGAUAGUUUGAUUUUGAGUUUACGCCAAAUUCAGUAUGAUUUGGCAUGGGAGCGAUGCAGACAGCUUCAAGCUGAAGACGUUGUACUUACUGGUAAGGUUGUCGGGGCAAAUAAAGGUGGAAUUGUCGCCAUUGUUGAAGGACUCCGUGGAUUCGUUCCAUUCUCACAAAUAUCCUCGAAAUCAAGUGCAGAGGAUCUUCUUGAGAAAUAUCUUCCGUUAAAGUUUGUGGAAGUAGAUGAAGAACAAUCGAGACUUGUUCUGAGCAACCGCAAGGCCAUGGCUGAUAGCCAGGCGCAACUUGGAAUUGGAUCAGUGGUGACUGGAACAGUUCAGAGCUUGAAACCAUAUGGUGCUUUCAUUGAUAUUGGUGGGAUCAAUGGGCUUCUCCAUGUGAGUCAGAUCAGCCAUGAUCGUGUCUCUGACAUUGCAACUGUUCUACAACCUGGUGAUACCCUCAAGGUGAUGAUAUUAAGCCAUGAUCGUGAGAGAGGGCGAGUUAGUCUUUCUACAAAGAAACUUGAGCCAACACCUGGUGACAUGAUUCGUAACCCCAAGUUAGUUUUUGAGAAGGCAGAAGAGAUGGCUCAGACAUUCAGGCAAAGAAUUGCUCAAGCUGAAGCCAUGGCUCGUGCUGACAUGCUAAGGUUCCAGCCUGAGAGUGGGUUGACACUUAAUGCGGAUGGUAUAUUAGGUCCACUGACUGAAGAUUUGCCUGCAGAAGGUCUGGAUUUUAGUGAAGAAAUUCCUGCAGCUGAAGAUUGAUAAAUAAAAGCACAAAAGAAAUGUUAUGUUUUGUUUGGUGAAUGUAGUUUUAGGUUGUUAAUUCUGUUGUUUAAUAAUACAUAAUAAUAAUUUGUCUAAAUUGAAUUGGAUACAAAGAAGAGAAACAUGUAGAUAUCAUCACUUGGAUCACCCAUAUAUGAACAGUCUCUUGUUGAAUGGUUC